AUGAGAAAAGUCAUGAUAACCCUAAGUGCAAUUAAAGCGGGGCGGGCAGCAAGCGGUCGGCUUUGUCGGCUUCGGACGCCGAGUGCUUCUCGCUCUGCCUGGGCGCCGGGCCUCUGUGGUGGUCCUGAUGUCCCUGCUCACGUGCCCGCACCGCCCGGAGGGGUGGUCAGCGGGGCUUCGAGCCCCGCUACCCCUUCAACACCCACUCACGACGACAACCACCGUGACUUGUUGAGUACUCUACUAUGGUCAAGCGUUAGUUCGCUCAGCAACAGCGAGGAGAGCCUCAGCUCGGACAGCACUGUGCCCCCCGUGGACCCCGAGCAGAGGGAAGCGACCAUCCGAAAGAUCUUGGAGCGCAAGGAUGCGAAGGCGGUUAAGAUAGACUUCAAGAUCUAUCUCACUGAGAACACCUUCACGCGCUGGGAGGCUGUGGUAAAGGGCAACACCAUGUACCUCCGUGUUCCUGGUGUACUGCAGUCGGGCAGCAAAGAGAGCUUUAUGCUGCUUCUUGAUUUCGCUGAGGAGAGACUGCGCUGCUCUAACUGCAUCAUCUGCGUGCUCAAAACUCGGCCCGAUCGCGCUACACUCCUGCGCACCUUCAUGUUCAUGGGAUUCCAACUCCUCGCCCCCAAUUCGCCCCUCGCCGCCGACAUCGCAAACCCCGCGUACAUGUUCUUGCACUACAACAUGCAGUAG